AUGACCUCGUGGCCGGGCGGAGACGGACGGCUCGCUGCCACAGCCACAGCCACGGCCUUGGCCGUCGCCGCAUGUCUCUGCGUCCUGCCCUUCAUCGUCACGCUCGCGCUCACAUCAGCGCCGUUCGGCCGCCGGCCGGGCACGCCCGCGCAGGUGCCGUACGCGAUCCCGUUUGUGCGCAACACGUUCCAGUUCGCGCCCGACGUCGAGGGGUUUAUUAGUAGCAUGAUCCGGCGCUUCGACGGGAAGCCGUUUCGCUUCUUCGCGGGCGCCGACACCUUCUACUUUGUGCCCUACGGCGAGCCGGUGCUGGCGCUGUUCCGGCAGAUGCGCGACAUGACGUCCAAGCCGCUGGUCACCGCCGUGCUGCGCGGCCAGCUCGGCGUGCCGCGGCAGGACGUCGCCAUCUGGGCCCGCGACGACUCGGGCAUCAACGUCAAGCCGCUGCCGGGCUCAGAGGACAUCGACCCCGCCCAGCGCAUCUUCUUCCUCAGCCACCAGGGCCUGCACGACGGCCUGGCGGGCACUGCGGGGCUCACCGGCAUGCUCGCCCGCUUCGUCGCCAACUACACGGCCCGCCUGCGCGCGGCGCCCGUAGUGGCCGGCGAGUCGUGGGUCGGCAUGCCCGACGUGUUCGAGUUCUUCAAGCGCGAGAUGUUCCACGGCACCUCCCCGGCGCUGUGCGGCGAGAACCUGCUGCGGCUGUCGCCGGGCUUCGCCGACGACUUCUGGGCGUUCGACAAGAACAUGAUGACGUACCUGCGGCGGGUCCCGCGGUGGUUUGCACCCGAGGCGUACGCGGCGCGCGACAGGGCGAUCGAGUCCGUCGACAAGUGGCGCCAGCACGCGGCCGAGACGUUCGACGAGGGCUUCGCCGAUGCCGAGUUCGAGCCCGCGUGGGGCGCCCGGCUGAUGCGCAACCGCGCCGACAUGUUCCGGGGCCUGGGCAUCUCGGACCGCGGGACGGCCGCCGUCGACUUCGGGCUCAUCUGGGCGGCCAACUCCAACGCCAUCCUGUCGACCGUGUGGGCCAUGGUCUUCGUACACCGGUCACCCGGGCUGGCGCGGCGCGUGCGGGCCGAGACGGAGGCGUGCUUCGACGUGCGCACGGGGUCGUUCGACGUGGCGGCACUGUGCAGCAAGCCGCUGCUCAGCUCGGUGCACAUGGAGACGCUGCGCGUGACGGUCGGGGCGUCGACGGCGCGCAACGCGCUGACGGACAACUUCGAGCUGGACGGCAAGUGGGCCAUGGAGCGUGACGCCAUCAUCCUCACCAUCAACUGGUUCGGCGCGCACGACGCCGACUUCUGGAACACAGGCCGCGUGCUCGCGUCGUCGGGCAAGCCCGAGCACCCCGUCGACGAGUUCUGGGCCGAGCGCUUCCUCGAGUACCCGGGCGACCCGGCGAGCGGGCCGAUCCGCAAGCCUGACGCGUCUAUCUACUCGGCGCCGGCGCUGGAUGACAAGCCGGACGGGACACGGCGCGAAAAGACGGCCGAAGACGACAAGACAGCUACACUCGUCACGACCGGGCUCCAGGGCCACUACUACCCCUUUGGAGGAGGGCAAAACAUCUGCCCGGGCCGCUUCUUCGCCAAGCAGAGCGCGCUCGCCGCGCUCGCCAUCACGAUGCGCGAGUUCGACAUUGAGUUUCCCGACGCUGACACGGCGUGGAACGUGCAGCCCAACAAGGGAAACUUCCCCGUCGGUACGUGUCACCCGGACAGGAAGGUGCCGGUGAAGCUGCGGAGGAGACAGAACAAGAGCAACUGA